UUGAAUAUUUUUUCUAAAGGAUGGUGAUGAUGGAAACUGAAGAAAAGUCGGCAGAAAAUCGAUAAUUUUCCACAAAAAAGUAGAGAAAAGCAUGCUACUGAUCAUCUUCCUUCUCCAAAGGAACAUCAUGUGAAACAUCUUUCAUAACCAGCCAGGAAUGAUCAUCAGAAUCGUUUGUUUAUUACCACUCGAUCAGGAAUAAAUCUCAGAAAUCCUUUGUUUAUUUCAGUAGUGGAGGACUCCAAGAAUGAGUGAAGGGAGCCGCUAAAGCAAAGAAAUAGUGGAGCUGCUUAAAGAACAAACAAAAAAAGGAUAAGGCAGAAGGAAGACUCACGUAUAAUGAAAUCUAUAAUUCUUAGGCUUCUUCAAUUGGCUUUACCAGCUCUUCUAUACCAAUAUAAAUAGCAACCUCUGUGCACAUUCUAAAUCAAAAUAUGGCACAUUUACAAAGAAACAUGAUAGUGCUCAUUCCAAUUGCUCAUACCUUCCUUUUCUUCCUCUCCUUCAUUUUCUCUUCCAAUGUAUCUACAAAUGUUCAUGCAUGCAACCAAAGUGAGCGCAGCUCUCUCUUAUCCUUUUCCCUAACUCUGUCCAAGUCACCACCUUUGAAUUGGACUGCAGUUAAUUGUUGCCAUUGGGAGGGCGUAACUUGCGAUCUGGCUGGUUCGGUCACCCAUUUGAGCUUACCCUCCAAAGAAAUAAAACUCAAAGGAGGUGUAUUUCCUUCGUCAAUAUCACUUCAGAAUCUCACACAUCUCAGCCACUUGAAUCUCUCUCACAAUUCUCUUUAUGGCUCACUAGAUCAAACUGCAUUCUUCUUGUCCUUCAAUAAUCUUAAGAUCCUAGAUUUGAGCUAUAACCUUCUUUUUGGAGGUUUACCGUUUUCUCUACCAUUCACUCAUAUACGGACAUUGGAUUUGUCCAACAAUCAUUUCCAUGGUGCAAUUCCAUCUUCAACUUUCCAGCAAGCUUGGAAUUUGACCAGUUUUAAUGUCAGCAACAAUAGCUUGACCGGGUCUAUACCAUCCUCCUAUAUUUGUCUUCAUUCUAAUCCCUUGGUUAAGCAAUUGGAUUUUUCUUUCAAUAAAUUCAAUGGCAAUAUUUCUCCUGGAUUAGGGAAGUGUUCGAACCUGAAGGUUUUUCGUGCUGGUCACAAUAACCUUUCGGGAUUACUUCCUGAAGAUAUCUAUAAUGCUACCAAACUUGAAGAAAUUGCAUUACCUCUCAAUUCACUAUAUGGCACCAUAAGUGAGAGAAUUGCUAACCUCAGCCAUCUCAAAAUUCUUGGCCUCAACUCUAAUAAAUUGAGUGGUGUGCUCCCUGCAGGUAUUGGUAAGUUAUCCAAUCUCCAACUCAUGCUCCUUGAUUUUAACAGUCUAGAAGGUUCUUUGCCCCCAUCCUUGAUGAAUUGCACAAACCUUAUAGAACUGCGUUUGACAUUCAACUCUUUGAAAGGGGACAUUACCAAGCUUAAUUUUUCCAAACUCAGUCAACUUACUAAACUUGAUCUAGGGGAUAAUUGUCUCACGGGUGUCGUGCCAACAAGCCUUUACUCAUGCAAGCUCCUGAAAGCAAUUCGACUGAGCGACAACGACCUAGAAGGACAAAUCCAGCCUGAGAUUUUGUCAUUAAAAUCCUUGUCCUUCCUCUCGCUUAGUACCAAUAGAUUGACCAACAUGACUAGAGCAAUGAAAUUAUUUAUGCGUUGCAGAAGUCUUGAAUUCCUCGCCUUAGGAUCUGCUUUUGUAGAUGAGGAAACGCGAGCUGAUGUUGGCAUUGUUGAUUUUGGUGGACUCCAAAAUCUUCGAUUUUUGGAUUUGGGCUAUUGUCACCUUACUGGUGAAAUCCCUAUAUGGUUAUCUAAGCUCAAGAAGCUAGGGAUCUUGUAUAUGGACCAUAAUAAAAUCACAGGGUCAAUUCCUAGUUGGUUGGGGACUCUCCCAAUGCUCAUUUACAUGAACUUGGGAUCCAACUUUAUUUCAGGUGAAUUUCCAAAAGCACUUUGUAGACUACCAAAGUUGGUAACUGCAUGGACUGCAGCUCAGGGGGACGAUAAUGAUCUUGAAUUGCCUAUCUAUGGAUCCCAAGGUAAAUUAUCGGUGCAAUACACGUUUUCUUUCUUUGCUCCAGAAAUCUACGUAGGAAAUAAUGCCAUUAAUGGGAGCAUACCUUUUGAGAUUGGCCAAUUGCAGCUUCUCCAUGCGUUGUAUCUUAACAACAACAACUUCUCCGGCCGCAUUCCAGAGCAGAUAUCUAACCUCAAAAACUUGGAGGAAUUGGAUCUUUCCAGAAAUCAGUUUACUGGAAAUAUCCCAUCAUCAAUUACAAGGCUAAAUUUCUUGUCAUUUUUCAAUGUUUCAUACAAUAGUCUCGCAGGAUCGAUACCAAGAGGGACUCAGCUACAACUUUUGAAUGCUUCUGCAUUUGAAGGGAACCCAAAGCUUUGUGGUACCCCACUUCCAAAUGAGUGUCAACCAAAUAAUGGCAACGAUAAUGCAGAUAUUAUGACCAGCAAAGACAAUACAGAUAAUGAGCAUCAAAGUCAAAUUCCAUGGUUUUACACUUCCACUGUUCUUGGGUUCAUUGUAGGAUUUUGGGGAGUUUGUUGCCCUUUGGUUCUUAAGAAGAAAUGGAGAUAUGGAUAUUUCAAAUUUCUAGACAGCGCUCAAGAUAGGCUCCAAGGGAUGAUAAUUGCUCGUGUGGAUGGCAAUAGAAGGCUUAUAAAUUAGAAUUC